GCAGCCCCCGGCGCAGUUCCUCAUUCCCCUCGCACUCGGGCCUCAGGCUCGGUGGAGCUGGGCACGGGGUGCUGGCGGCAGCGCUGAGGGGCCCCCCACUGCCCCAUCAUGGCAUCUGCUCUCACCGUCCUCCUCCUCGGCUGCUGGCUGGCCGGGCACAGCGGGGUGUGGGGACAGCCCAGCUACCCCAAACCCAGCAUCUCUGGGAUCCCCAGCGAGGGGGUUUCCUUGGAGAAAUCCGUGAGCAUCUGGUGUAAGGGGCAGCACCAGGCCGUGCAGUUCAUGCUGUAUAAAGAUGGACGCCAUGUCCAAAGUGUGGAUUCGGACUCACAGGCUCUGUUUCUCAUCAACAUCGUGAGCCGGGAGCAAGGCGGGAACUACAACUGCUCCUAUCACAGCAGAUCGGAGCCGUUCAAGAUGUCAGACUCCAGCGACCCCGUGGAGCUGGUGGUGAGAGAUCCCAACUUACCCAGACCCAACAUCUCUCUGAGCCCCACCGGGGUCACCACCCCAGGGGCAGACGUCACCAUCCGGUGUCAGGGGCAGCGCCGGGACGUGAGGUUCUUCCUGCACAAGGCUGGAGACCUGAACCCGCAGCAACACAUGGACCCUGCUGGGGCCGGGGCCGAGUUCCGCAUCCCCAGCGUGGGCCGGCAGCACGGAGGGAACUACAGCUGCAGCUACCGGAACUGGUCAGAGCCCUUCGUCUCCUCGCAGCCCAGCGACACCGUGCAGCUGGUGGUAGCAGGGGAAACCAACCCGUCCCAGCCUGGAGAGGCCCCGGCUCCCACCCGUCCAGGCGUCAUGGGACCAGGGGGAACCAACCCGUCCCAGCCAGGAGAGGCACCGGCUCCCACCCAUCCGGGCGUCACGGGACCAGGAAAAGGAGCCGCACCGAGACCGAGCAGCACCAGCCCUAUGGGGGCAUUAAAGGCACCAGCUCAGCAAGACUCCACCUACACCUCCAUCGAUGAAGGGAAACAGCCGCAGACCCUGCCCCAGGAGCCCGACCCCGAUGGACUCACCUACGCCGAGCUGAACCACCAGCCACUGCAGGCCAAGAGGGGGGGCCCGGCCCCAGCCCCCCAGCCCGCCCAGCCUGGUGUUUAUGCUGCGAUCAACGUGAGCCGGGGGGCCCCACAGUGAGAGCCCCCCGCAGCCAUGGGGCGCCGGCCCCCAGGGAGUGACAGACAGGGCCGGCUCGA